AUGGCUGUGGGCUGCCUGCUGGUGCUGAUGAUUAUGGCGCUGACCAGGGCAGGAGCGGUUCCUGGCCCCAAGCCCCUCGGGGUCCUCCCGGAUGCAAGGGGCUGCCACUUGGCCCAGUUCCAGUCUCUGUCCCCGCAAGAGCUGCAGGCCUUCAGGAGGGCCAAGGACACCUUUGAAGAGUCGCUCUCCCUGAAGACCUGGAGCUGCCGCCCCCGCCUCUUCCCCAGGACCUGGGACCUGCAGCAGCUGCAGGUGUGGGAGCGCCCCGUGGCCUUGGAGGCUGAGGUGGCCUUGACCCUGAAGGUCCUGGAGACCAUGGCUGACAGGUCCCAGGGGGGCAUCCUGGACCAGCCCCUUCACACGCUGCGCCACAUCCACUCCGAGCUCCAGGCCUGUGUCGAGGCUCAGCCCCCAGCAGGGCCCCAGCCCCGAAGCCGCCUCCACCACCGGCUGCACCGGCUCCACGAGGCCCCAAAGAAGGAGUCCCUCAGCUGCCUGGAAGCCGCUGUCAUGUUCAACCUCUUCCGCCUCCUCACCCGGGACCUGAAAUGUGUGGCCAGUGGAGAUCUGUGUGUGUGAGCCCCGAGACCCACCUGCACCCUGUCCUGACAUCUUAGAUAUUAUUUAUGCAUCAACCACUUUUCUUAAUGUAUUGCCACCCAGUCAUUAUUUAUGUAUUUAUGUGCAUAGAUUCUUAAAUGUGGACCCACUAAAAUGUUUAUUUUUCUACUUUGUAUAAAAAUUGCACAAAUAAA